AGUACUACUUCGUCGUUUCGCUUGGAGUCAUAUUUGAAGCUAAAUUACUCCAAAAAUUGAGUUUCAAAGUUUUAAUAUUUUUAGGCUCACUUUGAGUGUUAGAUAGAGUGCCACAUUCAUUAGAAAAACAAUGGACUGGCAUUGGAUUUAUUUACUGUGCGUCAUAUUUUGUGUUUGCGCGGAUCAAUAUCGAAUAUAUUUCAAUCCUUGUCCUCAUCUGUUUCAAUAUCGCCGUGAGGGUUUUGAAUGGAUUGGUGUAGCGCAAGUUGAUAGUGUACCAUUAGGAAUAGCAAUGCAAUUUGACGUUAUUCUAUCACUUCCAGCAAAAUUACCACUAGUCCGUCAUCCAUCGAAUCCGUCCAUCCAGCUGCACUAUUUGGGAGCUGUAGAACUUUACGCAUCAAGAGAGGAUACGAUUCAACAAAUUCGAUUCAAUCAAAGCGUCCGAUAUAAAAUUCGUUUUCCAUCGCAAAUUCCAUUACCAGGACUAGUGCGACUAUCAGUCAAUGGAGCUGUGCUUUGUGCAAGACCACCCGUUUUAGUAAGUGGACCAUAUGUAACGCUGAUCAAACUUGAACACACCUUGUACACUGACGCGGCGGCCGGGAAUGACUUAAGUGGCUUUGUGGAUGACAUAAACUCGCAGGGCUCUGUACUUACACACAGUAAAGAUGACAAUUACAGGACUGAAUUUUACACAUCACAGCCUAAACCAUUGCAAGAGUCGAAAACACACACUCUUCCACAUACAUUAUCGUAUCAACAUUCAACUGACCCUACACCAUCACACGAGUCCCAAACUCAUCUUCCACAAACAUUAACGUUUCAACAUUCAACAGUUACUGGGUUACAACAUGAAUGUGGAACAACGCACGCCAAAAGCAACUUUAGACACUUGGUCGUUGGUGGCGAGGCAGUGAAACGUGGUGCAUGGCCGUGGCUGGUAGCUGUUUAUUUAAAUGGAGCGAGAGGCUCAUCAUUCAAUUGUGGCGGUAUUUUGAUCUCAGCAGGAAUUGUUGUAACAGCUGCUCAUUGCCUGCGAAUGUCCGAACGAACAUACCAACCGCAUGAGGUAGUGCUGUACUUGGGACGACACAGCAUUGUCGAUCCCAUUGAUGCAGCGGUCAAGACGGUACACGUGAAAAAAAUAAUUAUUCAUGCUGACUACAUGACGAAUGGAACAUCUUAUGAUGCGGACAUUGCUGUUGUUGUAAUGCAAGAACGAAUACAUUUUACCGAAUUGAUAAGACCGAUCUGUUUGUGGGAUGGUGAUGAUAGUAUAGGCAGCGUCGAAGGGCAAUUGGGUACAGUAGUGGGAUGGGGAAGAGAUGAAGUUGGAAAUAUUUUGACUGCUGAGCCCAAAAAAAUUACUAUUCCGAUAGUGUCUGAAGCAGAAUGCUUACGAUCUAGUGACACUUACAGAUACAUUACAUCGCAGAGAACAUUUUGUGCAGGUGAUCGUGAUGGAACAGGCCCGUGUAAUGGUGAUUCUGGCAGCGGAUUGGCUUUCAAAAUAAACGGCAAAUGGAUGUUGCGUGGUAUUGUUUCGGCUGCCUUGGCUGAUCCCAUUUCAAGCACCUGUAACUUGGGCGAAUACGUCGUUUUUACCGAUGUUGCAAAAUUUGUCGGGUGGAUCAAGUCGUACAUGUAUUAGAUUUU